UACCUUGGAUAUGGCCGGAAGUACUUCCGGGUCGUGCUGUCAUCCGUCCAUGGACUUCCUGUUAUUGUGACCUUAACCUUGCAUGUGGAGCGGAGGAUUCCUGGCGAUGUCUCUGGUUACAGACGCCUUCGUGUCGCAGAUAGCAGCCGUGGAGCCAUGGCCUGAAAAUGCUACCCUUUACCAGCCAUUGAAAAGUGAACAGGUUCUGCUGUCUGACAAUGCUUCUUGUCUCGCUGUCCAGGCCUUCUUACAAAUGUGCAAUCUGCCAGUCCAGGUGGUUUGUAGGGCAAACGCUGAAUAUAUGUCUCCAUCUGGUAAAGUUCCUUUUAUUCAUGUUGGAAAUCAAGUGAUAUCUGAACUGGGACCAAUAGUUCAAUUUGUAAAAGCCAAGGGCCAUGCACUUAGUGACGGACUAGAUGAAGUCCAAAAAGCAGAGUUAAAAGCAUACAUGGAACUUGUUAAUAAUAUGCUUUUGACGGCAGAGUUGUAUAUUCAGUGGUGUGAUGAAGCUACGCUAGAGGAGAUUACGCAGCCGCGGUAUAGCUCGCCGUACUCUUGGCCUCUCAACAAUAUUUUAGUUCUUCAAAAGAAAUGGGAAAUUAAGAGAAAAAUGAAAGCUAUUGGCUGGGGUGGGAAGAACCUGGAACAGGUCUAUGAAGAUGUUGAUCAAUGUUGUCAGGCCCUUUCACAAAGGUUAGGAACCCAGCCCUAUUUCUUCAAUAAGCAACCCACUGAGCUGGAUGCUCUGGUAUUCGGACAUCUGUUCACAAUCCUCACCACUCAGCUGACUAAUGAUGAACUCCGCGAAAAAGUGAAAAACUACAGCAACCUCAUUGCCUUUUGCCGACGGAUCGAACAGAACUAUUUUGAAGAUCACGACAGGUACAGUUCUUCCAGCUCCUCUUUGAGAUUACCCAAAGGACCCACACUGUCAUAGGAUUUCCAUAUUUUUGGGAAACUUGUCAAGAGAGUUGCCUUGGCUAUAUACAGUACAUACAAUGUAUUGCACAAAAAAGGAUUCAUAGUACUCUACUGUAUCUGCAUUAUAAUAAAUCUAAAACAAAUGCAUGAA